AAUUUGUAUCCGGCACCGGUAAUACCGGUAUAACCGGCGCGGGUAUUUACCGAUUUUUAAAACAAUGCCGUCAUCUCCACCCAGAGGUUUCUCCGAUAAACAAACCACCAAAUGGGGGAAUAUUCCGGCAAAUCGAAGAAGAAGAAGCGUCGGUACUCGGAAGAUUCAACCUCAUCUUCAUCUCCAUCAUCAUCUUCUUCAAUUUCCUCUUCAGAAACCGACGACGAAUCUUCCUCGAAGCGGCACAAAAGCAGCCGGAAGCAUCGCCGGAGGCGGAGCAGCGAGAGGGGGAGUUCGAGGAGAGAGAAGCAGAAGAGGAGAGAGAAGCGGAAGAAAAAGAAGAGAGAGAAAGAUAGAAAGAGAGGCAGCAGUAACCGGAGAUCAAAACCUAGGGUUUCGGAUUCUGAUUCAGAGGAGGAGAAGGAGUAUGGAUUGAAUGAUGGUGGUAGUGAUCCUGUAGAUGUGGUGAAAUUCAUAUUGGAGGAGUUUCCUGCUGUAGCUGAUGAUUUGGAGCAGCUUCUGCGCAUGAUUGACGAUGGACAAGCAGUUGAUAUAUCUGGUUUAUCUGAGAAGUCAUUAGUAAAAUAUCUUUAAAAGCUGUUCUUGUCCUUGAGCCUCAACGAAAAGGGUAACUUAGUCUUUUUGUUGCCUUCUGGUGUUCCUCCCACUUUAGAGGUCGUUGGGUCUGUUAUAUCUAAAUCAAAAUCUCAAGGUCCAAGUAUUAACGAUAAUCAUGAACCACCUAAUAAUUUACAUACUGAACAACCAAAUGAGGAAUGUAAACUUGAUGAUGGUGGCUCUAAUCCUACAUACACACAAGAUGACAUGCCAGCUCCUAAGAAGAGGGUUAUUGGACCUGCCAUGCCAUUUGCUGAAUUGCUUGCUGCAGCAGCUAAGUUAACCGAAGCAGAGGCUGAGUUAAGGGAAGCUGAAAUUGGUGAAGAUGAUGAACAGCUAUUUAUUGAACCUCCACCUCCUGCUGCAGUCAAUGAGGCUGCAUCUGCAAAUGACGCAGAGCGUCUUGAGGAGGUCACGAGAAUUAUAGGGGCAGAGAUCGAUAGCCCAUACGAUGUCGUUGGAAUCAAUAGGAAUAUGGCAGCUGACAGCAUUAAGAAAAGAAUGGCAAAGCAAAUUGCAUGGGAUAAAACGAGAAAACACAACCAACCAACAACCCUGGUGCCAGCUGCAAAGGAUUUUGAAGAUGUUAUGGAUUGGUUGGAAAGAAGCAAAAUCAGUUUCGCGGUGCAAGCAAAUCCCGUAAUCUACAACAUUCAUAUAGAAGAAUUCUGGAGAACGGCAAAGGUGAAAACAGUUGAUAAAGUCAAAAUGAUCACAGCGACCGUUCGAAACAAAGAAGUAAUUGUUACGGAAGAUAGAAUACGAACUGUUCUGAGCCUCGGAGAUAAUCAUAAGGAUCCAAUGCGACUUUCAAAAGAGGAUAUUCUCGAAGGUUUCAGAGGAAUGAAGUACGUGGGAGAUUUUCAAGUAAAGAAUGAAAUCAAGAGAAAUAGGCUAACACAAGAUUGGCGGUUUAUCUUUCAUGUGUUUGCAAUGAGCAUGGGGCACAGAAAAGGUGGUUAUGACGGUUUAAACUUAGAAUGGUCUGCUGCGAUGCUUAAUCUCUGCACUAAACAACCGUUCAACAUUUCAGGAUUAAUCUUUUACUGUAUGGUCGAUAAUGCAAACAGAAUGACUUGGGCAAUGUAUCCUCGUUUCGUCCAGCUGCUGAUAAACGAUCAACAUCCACAGCUCCCUCACGAUGGAAAUGUGUAUAAAUUUCAGCUGCCAACUGGAAGACAAAUUACAGAAUUAAAAACCAAUGAAUGGGUGAUGCUUCAUCAUUGGAUGUACAGGGAAGAGAGACUCCCACUGGUCAAGGCAGCGUAUAAAAAGUAUCGUGACGGUGUGACAGAAGCUAGAGAGAAACUGGAUGAAGAAGAGGAUGAAGCCGAAGAAGAACCCCAACUUGUUAGAAAAUGUAAAGAUAAAGGAAAACAAGCAGAUCAAGAGGGGGAAUCAAAGAAGAAGAAGAAAGAUACGCCAAAUCCCGAGAGGGUAAUGGCUGAUAGCAUUUGUGCUGGAUCAACAAGAGAACACAUCGAAAGAUUACAAGCUAUUCAUGUUGUGCAGGAACCUGAGAAAAGAGAAAGAAGGUUGAAAAGACGAGAAAUGACGGAGUUUGAAACUCCGGUUGUGGUGACGACUGAGGAAGAACAGUUGGAUGCAUUUGUUGAAGAUAUAUUGGUUGAUCCACAUGAAACGACACCGAGCAAAUCUCCGUCCAAAAAGAGAAAAACUUGGGAGGGAUCAUCGAAGGAUUCUCCGGUAAAACAAACUCCUAUCACUCAACCACCACCGCGUCAAGCUCCAAGAAGGUCACGUCCUUUUCAAGAUUUGUAUGAUCGUUUGUCCAAAGACACCGGGGCGGGCCCUACUAAAGAAAUAUGCAUUCUUAAACAUCAAGUCAAUGAUACGAACGUGUUGAGGGAGAAGUUAAAACAACAAAGGAAGAAGAAUAAAGAGCUUCAUGCGUUCGUAACUGAACAAACACGAUUUAUCAGAUUCCAGCAGGAUGGAAUGACGAAAAUGUACGAGAUGAUUAAAGAGUUAUACUCCAAAGCAGAAAUGGAGCCAAGAUUUUCAUCUGAAGAUCUUUUCAGAUUCGAUAAGUUCAAGGAGGAAGAAGAGAAACGUAAGGCCGAAAACGCUGAAAGAAAGGAAAGAAGACUUGAAUCGACUGUGAAUGUCAAUGAAGACGAUGAAAGUGAGGAGGAAGAAGUGGACAAAGAUGAAAUGCCGGCACGGUUCGUAGAGUGGGGUUUGGAAGACGAAGUGAUGUACGAGACGGACGGGGGCGAGGAAGUUGCCCCUCAACAUCCCGAGUGGUUUAAGAAAGAACGUGAAAAGCUUUCCGAUUUUUACCAAAUGGUAACUGUGGAGAAAACAGAAGCUACUGAUAAAAUCAUCAGCUGGAAGUACUGCGACAUGAAAGGGAUGUUCAUUGUGAAACGUCGAGGUGGUGUGAUUCAACAUUUCAAGACAGGUCUCCAUAUGCAAAGCUUGCCAAGAUGGGAUAUCCGUGAAAUAGGAAGACUUGACAUGAUUAAUCCUACUCAUAGCAACAUUGGUGCUGACUUUGAGAGAUUGAUACUUCGCGAAUGCGUGCGUGGAUUCACCAUCUUCAAGCCUCGACGUCCACGAAGAAGGGUUUCCAAGACUACCAAGGAUCCCAUCACAGGAAAGGGCAAGGUUACGUGGGUUAUAGAUCCUGCCAAAGUGGUGACAAAAGUCAAAAUCCCUCCCGAACAUCCAGUGAUGCUCACCAACUUUAAGAAGUGGUUUUAUGACGGUAAAACUGGUGAAGCUGUCAUCCGAUCAACCUCAAAUGAAGACAUUCGUAUCCUCGAUCCAAUGGAUGUUUUUAUGUUCUGCUUGUCUGAUCUCAACAUUCUAUAUGGGCACACAAUUCAUGUUGGAGCUGGAAACGAGUAUAAAGAGGAAGGCAUGUUAUUCCAGCGUGCCGUAGAACGAGCCAGGGAGAGGAAAAUAGAGAUGAUCGAGAUUCUGAAUAGAACCGAGAAGAUGAAAGAGCGAGACGAGGCCAAGAAAAAGAAAAACAAAGACAAGAAACAACGAAAGUCUCCUGCUCAACAAAAAGGACCCGUCAUCCAAACCUGAGGUGCAAGAAACUCAGCCUCCGACUUCAUCCACAUAUGAAGUCACAAUGGAGGAUCAACCAAAGUCUAGUGAAGCUGAUGUUAACCAAACUCCACCGCAACAGACCGUUGAAGAAACUGCAACAACUCCUGAAACCGAAGCCAAAGAAUGAAGAACGCUCAAGUACGCAACGGUCUAGGGGGGAUAUUGUUAGACCAUUUGAGACCGUUGGUACUUGUGUUUAUUAGGUUUAGGUUUACUUUGUAAUAGUUAGAAAGCUAUAGGGACUAAAUGCACAAUUAUUGUAAAACUAACCUCAAGGCUAGUUUUACUAUAAUUGCAAAUAUGAAUCCUAUGAAACCCUUAUGUCCAAGGUUCUUGGACAAGGCAUUUUGUGUUCAUCUUUGUGUUGUGCUCU